CGCAUGUUUCACGUUACUGGACCACCCACACAUGGUUGAAACAUCCAGCAUUAAUUUGGAGGUGGCAAAUGGUAAAGAGAAGGAUGCCCAAAUGCCCAUUGAAGGCUCCCUUAGUGCCCGGGAGAAGGUUGGAGUGCAAGAUUUUGUGCUGCUAGAUUCCCACACCAGUGAAGCUGCUUUCCUUGACAAUCUACGCAAACGGUUCCAGGAGAAUCUUAUCUAUACAUAUAUCGGGACGUUGCUGGUUUCUGUAAAUCCUUAUAAGAAUCUUGAACUGUAUACGCAAAAGCAGAUGGAAAUGUACCAAGGUGUAAAUUUCAUUGAGCUUCCACCACACAUAUAUGCAGUUGCAGAUAACGCCUAUAGGGUCAUGUGCACAGAGCGGAACAAUCACUUUAUACUUAUAUCUGGAGAAAGUGGAUCUGGAAAAACAGAGACUUCAAAAAAAAUCCUUCAGUACUUGGCUAUGGCGUGCCCAACUACAGAGAAGCUUCAUACCAUCAGAGACAGGCUGCUCCUUUCCAAUCCUGUUCUGGAGGCAUUUGGAAAUGCCAAAACGCUCCGCAAUGACAACUCAAGUAGAUUUGGAAAAUAUAUGGAUGUACAAUUUGACUACAUGGGGGCCCCUGCUGGAGGACAUAUCCUUAGCUAUUUAAUAGAGAAGUCCCGUGUGGUCCAUCAGAAUCAAGGGGAGAGAAACUUUCACAUAUUCUACCAGUUAUUGGAGGGAGGAGAAGAUCAUUUAAUACGUUGGUUGGGUCUGGAGCGUAAACCUGAGCUUUAUAGUUACCUCAUUCAAGGUGAUUGUGCCAAAGUAAAUACCAUCUGUGACAAGUCAAACUGGAAGCUUGUACGUAGGGCUUUUACUAUCAUUGAGUUCACUGAAGCUGACAUUGAGCAUCUUUUUGGAUUAGUCGCCAGUGUCUUACACUUGGGAAACAUACAGUAUGAGGAAGACAGCCAUGGCCAUGCCAUAAUUAAAGAUGGAAAACAAAUCCAGUGGGUGUCAAAGCUUCUUGGUGUUCCUGUGUCCCUUUUACAAGAAGCUUUAACUCACAAGAAGAUCGAAGCUAGAUCUGAGCAGGUUCUCAGCCCUUUGAACUUAGAGUUAGCCUACUAUGCUCGUGAUGCCCUUGCCAAAGCAAUGUAUGGGAGAUCCUUCAACUGGCUUGUUAACAAAAUUAAUAGAUCAUUAGCAAAUAAGGACGCAGGACGUAAAUUGGUAUUAGGGUGUUUAGAUGUUAUUGGGUUCUCUGUGUCUGAUACUAAUAACUUUGAGCAGUUCUGCAUCAAUUACUGUAAUGAAAAACUGCAGCAGCUCUUCAUUGCUAUGACAUUAAAGGCUGAGCAAGAAGAAUAUGAAAUAGAAGGAAUUGAGUGGGAGCCCAUCCAGUAUUAUGACAACAAAAUUAUUUGUGACUUAAUUGAAGAGAAAUACAAGGGAAUAAUCGCAAUAAUGGAUGAAGAAUGUUUGCGUCCUGGGGAAGCCACAGAUCUAAGCUUUUUAGCAAAACUGGAAGAGAAAGUUGGAGAUCAUCCUAACUUCCUAACACGCAAACUUGCAGGCCCAGGAGGUGGAAAGUCAAUAGACUGGGUAGACUUCCAGCUUAUCCACUAUGCAGGAGGGGUGACCUACUGUGCUGUAGGUUUUUUGGAGAAAAAUAAUGACUUACUAUACAGGAAUCUAAAAGAGGUGCUUAUAAAAUCUAAAAAUUAUAUCUUAAGGGACUGUUUUCACGCAUCUGAACUGGACAACAGAAAACGUCCUGAGACUGUUACCACCCAGUUCAAGAAUAGUUUGACAAGUCUAAUAGAAAUCCUGAUGUCUAAAGAACCUGCAUAUAUUAGGUGUAUCAAACCAAACAAUGCCAAGCAGGCAGGAAUAUUUGAUGACGUCUUGGUCAGACACCAGGUGAAAUACCUAGGAUUAAUGGAGCAUUUAAGAGUCAGAAGGGCAGGAUUUGUGUACCGUAGGAAAUAUGAGACAUUCUUACAAAGAUAUAAAUCACUGUGCCCACAAACAUGGCCAAACUGGCAUGGUCCUGCUAGAGAAGGAGUUGAAAGACUGGUGAAGCAUAUUGGUUACCAACCAAAUGAAUACAAACUUGGGAGGACGAAGUUGUUUAUACGUUUUCCUUAUACUUUAUUUGCCACCGUGGAUGCAUUUGAAGUGAGAAAGCAUCAGUUGGUUUCUAAAAUCCAAGCCAAAUACAAAGGGUGUUUAGGAAAGAGAGCUUUUUUGAAACAGAAGAAAGCAGCUAUCAAACUGGAAUCAUGCUGGAGAGGAGUUAUGGCCCGCAGAGCUGCCAAGAAGCGAGCAUGGGCUGCACAAACCAUACGGAAAUUUAUUGGUGGCUUCAUAAACCGAAAGUUAAAGCCCAAUGAAGCAAAUAGAGAAUUUCUUAGCAUGAUGCAUUCUAACUACCUCAUGAAACUAAAGGACCACGUACCUAAAAAUGUCCUAGACAAGACUUGGCUACAGCCACCAUCACCUAUGACAAAGACCUCAGAACUGCUGCAUAAACUAUGUAUCAAAAACUUGGUGAGGAAAUACUGCAGAUCGAUUACUCCUCAAAGAACAGAACAGAUGCGACAGAAAGUUGUGGCGAGUGAACUAUUUCAAGGGAAGAAGGAAGGCUACGAGCAAAGCAUUAGCCAGCCGUUUGAAGAAUCUCGGUUAACUGAACAGGAUAUCAGUCCAAAAGUCCAUCAGCUUAUGUUAUAUGACAAGAUGAAGUAUGGCAUUCCAGUAGUUAAGUAUGACAGAAAUGGAUACAAAGCUCGGCCUCGGAAUCUCGUGUUGACACAGACAACACUAUAUCUGACUGAGCAAGUCAAGAUCAAGCAGAAGAUUGAAUACACAAACCUGAAAGAAAUAUCUGUCAGUAACUUGAGUGAUGGAUUCAUAGUCAUCCACUUAUCUCCAGAAGACAAUAAGCAGAAGGGUGAUCUUAUAUUGCAAUGUGACCAUAUCUUUGAGCUGGUCACCAAGCUGUGCAUGCUGGCUUCCAAACAAGAUGCUGUCAACAUAAGCAAAGGAUGCAUAAAAUUUCUCUUUAAAAACAAAAGUGGACUUAUCGACUUCAUAACAGCAGCAGAGUCCCAGGUGUACAAGGCCAAGAAUGGACACCUCACCGUGACAUCACCAAGAUUAAAAUCCAAUUGAUGUUCAGCAUAAUCUGAAGAUAUUAUCCAUCACUGAUAGUACGGUGACUGUAAAGUAUAUACAUGUGUGAGACAUUACUAGAUACACUCCAUCCAGAUGGAAAUGGUGCAGCUUGGACACGAUGUGCUGUGCAUUUCAUGCAGUAGAUAUUGAAGAUCUUCUUGAACUCUUUCACCUUAUCGAGAAGAGUGAUCCACAUCAUGGAAUCACUUAUACCCAAAGCAUUUCUGCAGAAUGACUUAUCAGACAUUUAUACUGUUUAACGGUAUAUUGGCUGGAACCUCUAAAUAUCCCAAACAGAAUUAACACAAUGUUGGCCUUAUUAUGUCAUUGGGAAAAAAAUGAUAAUAAACAGUAAUAAAAUAGUUUUUUUCAUACAACUGCAUAUCUACUGUCAACAUAAAGAUAUUAAACAAGCAGUACUAAAUUGUUCUAGAAAUCCUUGCGACUAUCAUUUCCACAUUGGUAUACUGACACACCUCAGACAAUGGCUUUGGAUUAUAUCCUUUGCCUGCAAGUUUUUGACUGGAAACCAUUUCUACUAGACAAGGCAGUCACCCCUUGGUAGAAAGAGAGAUACUUCAGAGUGUCUUCCCUUCACCUUUUUGGCGAAGAUUGUUUUUUGCCGCAGGUGAUUCUUCAUUUUGUCUGUCUUAGCAGCCAGAGAGAGACAUUAGCGAUGAUACUUUCAUAGCGCCAAUGAAUAGUUUCUUUUCAGCAUUCCCCCUAGAGACCACCAGGAAGAUAUUCUUAAGAGUGGGCUUAUGUACCCCUGAUGGGUGAUCAGAGGAAGUGAAUGGGCAAUUGGACUGCACCACCAUAGAUUUCAGAAGGUAAAAGGAGCUCAAGUAAACGGGGAGAAAUCCAGGAUAUUACAAGGAUUACAGGUCAGAGUUCAGCAAUAUGCAUCUGUUAACAGCUCUUCAGCUGUUGCAAAACUACAACUCCCAUCAUGCCCUGAAAGCCAAAGGUUGGGGACAUUAAUUUAUAUACAAUUAAAUUGCUUUUACUCGUGAAGGUCUAAUAGACAGGCAUUUGACAAUAAAGGGUUUCAGACAGAUAAAUAGUCUGACUGGACUAAAAGGGUCAAACUGCAAAUGGAAAGUAUGUCAUGUGAUCCUGUAAAACAAAUUAAAAAUAAAUUACAAAAAAUAUGCAAAUGUUUAGGUCAAUCAAUGGUUCCCUGCCAUUAUGUAAUGAUGUCCAUGAAAGGUUCAGUAAGUUCUGGAUGUUUGGUUAAAGGAAAGCGGUCAGCUCUAUAUCAUGCUCAGAGCUGCAGACAUGAGCAGAUAGCUGAAAGGCAUCAUUUGUUUUAUCGUCCUGUCCCUUAGCUGAUGUUUGCAAAGUUAUAAAAUCAUGUUUUUCUCCUAAGCUCAAGAGUCACAAAGGUCACUCUGAGCUGAAGCAUGCACAACGCCUCCCUUAACAACCCCUCCCUGCAUGAUUGCUGUACAAGUUUCAGUGCUGAAAGCCAAACCCUGUAUGCCAGUCAUGUAGGACAGGGAGGGAUGGUAGAGGGAGGGAGCAUGCCGCUCAGUACAGCCAUUAAACUAGAGUUUAUGAAAUAAACAUAUUUUAAGCCAUCAUUUGUUAUUUCAGAUGUCAGGAUCUGCACUUUUCAGUAUGUGCCUCGUGCAGUCUCAAUUUGCAAUAAAGAUACCUAUAGCCCUAUCAGCCAAUAUCUACAGAUCUGAGAAUGAUAGACUGUAAAGUGUACCUUUCAUUAUAAAAACUUUUGACAUGUCCUCAGUCCAAUAGACUUACAUUAUGAGACCAUUCUGGUAACAAGACACUUUUUUUUAUUAUUAUUAUUAUUUUUUUUUAUAGUGACAGGUACACUUUUACCUGUUAGCUAGCUAUACACUCCCAGCUUAUAAACAUGAAGGGAAAACAAGGCUGAAGUUAAUUCUCUUUAUAUAAGGAUUGUGUGAUCAUUUAUGAAUAUAAGAAACAAAAAUUCAAAAGUGUCCAUAUUGGUUUAUUGGGUCAAUAUAAAUUAUUUUAUACAUUUAAGAGACUAAAGCUACGUAAAACAAAAGAAAAAUAUAUAGAAUAUUAAACCGGAAAUAAAAACACUUGAAGGUGCAUUGCUUGUCUAGGUGGUAAGGAUAGUUCCCAGUUUAGAUCCAGCAGAGCCAUAAACGUUUGUAACUGAAAUAAAGUUAGAACUGACAUCCAUCAAACGCACUUAAACCUCACCAGGUAUACAGCAAAAGUAUCUGAAUGCAAACCAAUGAAGACAAUUUACCUCCAAAACAUCUAAUGGAAUUAAUUGCACCGAGCAGAAGUACAGAAGGUUUUCUUGGUCUACACAAUAUACAGUCAAUGGGUACCACAGACUAUGAAGCAAUGCAUUAAGGCAAUAUAUUUAGUCCAUCGAGACACAAAUUCACCUUCAUUUCCCACAAUUGAUAUGUCCUAUCUUGGUGCUUUGCUGGCUAGAUUACUAUGAAACAACCAGGAGCUGCUGUGGGGCUGGGUCGAUCCAUACUUACAAUCA